AUGUGUACAACAGAAAUUACAGACUUCCCUGAAGAGAAAUGUGUAGUAUUCGAUGAGUUUAAACAUUUUGACGAAGUUAUGGCACACAUUCACGCAAUCCAUACAGAACAGCCUCAUCUACUGGAUCCGUAUCUAGAGAGGCUAAUUUCAGAGUGCAUCUCCAUCAUUCGAUCAUCAGCUGAUCGACCAAGGGCUUUCCACUUUGCUUUCCGUCUGUUAUACCUUAUGGUAAAAACUCGAGGAUACAAAUCGGUCAUACGCCUUAUGCCCCAUUCAGUUGAUGACAUCGAGCCAACUAUCAGCCUUUUGGUUUCUCAGGAUAUUGGUGACCCAGAGACCUGGAAAACUCGCUAUGUGCUUUUAUUAUGGCUUUCUAUCCUUACGAUGAUACCAUUCAGUUUGGAGUGUCUGGAUUCGCCGAACGAGGUUCCCAUUGUUGAGCGUGUGUUAACACAGUCCAAGAUAUAUCUCUCUCGUGAUGAACGCACACAAGAAGCUGCCUCGUUCCUUUUGGCGCGGCUCGUAACCCGACCAGAUGUCAUUCAGGUUCAUCUCCAGCCUGUCGUCAACUGGUGUAUUGAACAGAUGCAUACUGCCGACUGCAGCACCGUUCAUGGUCAAGCAGUCGCUUGUGGUAUGUUACGGGUGUUAGCAAAUAUUUGCAAAAUCGGCCUUCGUAAGGAGUUACUCCCUGUGGCGAACAUAAUAUUGAAAGCAGUAAUCAGUCUUCCAUCAAAUGUGGACAAGGGCAAUCUUAUUCACCGCUUAGAAGCGAAGCUGAUACAACGUGUCGGCUUGCUUUUUUGCCCACCUCGGUCCAUCGGCUGGCAGUAUCAACGCGGUUGCCGUUCUCUGGCGGACAAUUUGGCGCCGAAGUUACUCCAGGAGGCUCCAGAUAACGUAGAAGUAACGACGAGUGACAAUGCUCAGCCGACGACGAUGACCACAAAAAUUGAUCCUAAGCCAGAACAAGAAGAGGAGGAGUUGGAGUUGGAGUAUAUCGACGAAGUGGCAGAAGUUAUUGACCGUUUGAUCCACCUGCUUCGCAAUCAGUACACGGUUGUUCGAUGGUCUGCUGCGAAAGGACUGGGACGUAUGUGCAACCGACUUGGCAGCCCGAUGGUUAUUCCCGUGGUUUUACGUGCGUUGUUCUAUGACGAACGUUCUGGUGACCACAACUACGGAUCAAACGUUCGCGAUGCUGCCUGCUACGUGUGCUGGGCCUUUGCUCGAGCCUACCGUGCCCAAGACUUUUCCCCUUACGUGAACCAGGUUGCCAGUGCACUGAUUUUAGUCAGUUUGUUUGAUCGCGAGGUAAAUGUGCGACGGGCAGCGGCAGCGGCUUUUCAGGAAAAUGUUGGACGCCAGGGACAGUUUCCACAUGGUAUUGAUAUCAUCACUACGUGCGAUUAUUUCGCCCUGCGAAACCGAACAAACUGUUUCCUGGAACUCAGUGUUUUUGUGGCCCAAUUUGGAGACUACACCAGACCGAUGAUUGAUCACGUGACGAAGGAGUUACUCGCCCACUGGGAUAGCAACAUAAGAUUUCUUGCUGCACGUACAUUGAAUUUGUUGUAUCCGUUCGAAAAGGAGCACAUGUUACAGACAAUUUUGCCUGAGCUAAUCGCCAAGUCCACGGAUGGUUCGUUGUACGCAAAACAAGGCAAUAUUUUUGGAACAGCAGAGCUGAUAGCAGCUGCGAAGGGGACUCCCUUGGAUGAACCCAUCCUUUUGGGAAUCAAGGCGAUUGUCUCCACACUCUCCUCACACAAUCAGCUACGCGGGUUAAGUGGUGAACUGUUACGAAAGGCAGUUUGCCAUCUGAUUCAACAGUGUUCUCUCGCAAAUACCCCUUUUCAUGAAGAUCCCGUCAUUGAGGACUGGCGAGUCUUCCUUGACGAUUGUCUGUCUCACAAAGAGGUCGAAAUUCGUGCGGCUGCAGCGAGCGCAUAUCCAUCCUUGCUUUCUACUUAUUUAUACGCCAGCGACGGGACACUACGCAAGGACUAUCGGGACAAUAUCUAUGCUCAUUUGGUGCACCAGCUGAACGCCAAUAGCGAGACCAUCCUUGCUGGAUACCUACAGGUGCUGGGUCAGUCGCCCGCUUCUCUAUUUGACGGCAAUGUGGCCAGAACAAUAGAGCUUCUUGCCGCUGCUUCACGAAUCACUCCGAAAUCCCGUAAUUGGGGAGAAGCUCGUCAGAACAGUUUGAAAGCCUUAGUGAGCAUUUGUAUGGAGCUUGGAUCACAGCAUCCUGAAUUGAACACAGUGGUCCUUCAGUCGAUCGGCAACGUAUUGCUCCGGGCCUUAUCCGACUACACGGUAGACUCUCGAGGGGAUAUUGGCUCUCUGGUUCGCGAAGUCGGUAUGAAAUGCCUGGAACAAUACCUUGGGUUUCUGGUGACCAGCGGAGCAACUGAAGUAAUCCAGCCUAAUCUAGUUCAAGAAGCGCUAUGCGGUAUUGUGCAACAGGCUGUGGAGAAGAUUGAUCGUACCCGUGCUGUCGCUGGCCAAGCGUUUGCAGCGAUACUGCAUCACGACCCACCGAUUCCGCACAUUCCACAUCCGGAUCAAUUGAAGAAACUGUUUCCAAGAGAAGAAUGCGACAGUACAAUGUGGCGUUCGGCACAGCAGACAUUCCGAAAAUUUGUGCCCCUUUUGGAUUUGCCAGAAUUCCGUUUUCGACUGAUUCUUGGCUUGUCAGUCAGUGUCGGUGGGCUGACGGAAGAUACCGUCUUAUGCAGUUCAGAGGCACUCACAUCCCACUUGUUGCUUCAUGAGUCCGACAAAGUAUUUGUAGAAGAGUUUCUGUGCGUAGUUUUGCAAGUUUUUGAGACGUUCUGCCAUGAGGAACGAAUCAUAGUGCCCUACUUCAAGUUUAUUGAUUUUCUUCUCAAUGACCCGGUGAUAUCCUCCAUAACUGACAGCGAAAGCCCAAUUCUUGUUCGGUUGAUCGAUCUUAUUUGGGAAGAAACUAAGUCUUCCAAGGAGGUGCUUCGAAUCAAAGCAGCGAUUGAUGUGCUAGGAGGAAUGCUGCAGUUUGAAGGGACGAUACGCACACGUGCCUCCAAACUCCUGCUUGUUCUCCUUGGUCAUCGUUAUCCAGUGAUCCGCAAAUCCACUGCAACCAAACUGUACGAAUGUCUCAUGGUUUACGAAUUGGUGGAUCCUGAAGCUACCGAUGAGAUUGUUGUUCUGUUAACAGAAACAAUAUGGGAAUCCAAUCUCGACACGGUUCGGCCGAUUCGCAACAAAGUUUCCGAACUUUUGGGAUUACCCACCCCGGUCCCCAUGAACCACAAACUGACGGCAGAUUCCUUGGUGCUUGUGAACGGUGAAGCCGGUGAUACUCGUGGCUGAACACCUUUGUGGAUCAUUCAGGCAGCACUACUCUCUGUUUCUCUUCAAGUUCUCCUGUUCAUUGACCAACAACCCACCGCGAACGUUAUGUUAUCUUGCAAAUUUUUAAUUCAUUCGUUCUCAGAACUCCUUUUCCUUUUGGUCACUAUCGUCG